UAAACCACCACCCCCAGGCUAAUUUGUUUUGGUAAAUUAGUAAUUAUUUACCUUCCUCAGAGGUAACCUAGUGAUGUAUUAAUGUUAAGAUAUUCAUUAGUUUAGGAUUAAAGACACUUUUCAACUUCUACCACACCUCAUAUCCCUGCUAAAUAGUUUCUCUGUCUCUGAGCUAUUCUCACAUUAUUUAUGGCACUUAAUUCUUUCUAGGAUUUUCUAUCUUUGCUUAUUUUCUAAUACAUUGGAAUCCAAUGGACCUCAAAGUUGGACCUCAUAGAACUUCUUUAUUUUUUUGGCUUGAAAUUUUUUAUGUGGUGCUUAAAUUUUCUUUUUUAAACAAUCCUUUUGCUUUACCAAUUUUCUCAGGCUGUGAAUUGGCAGCACAGCUUUAAAGCAUUUAUUGUGGUACUGAAAUUUAUUUAGAACAGCAAUAGAGGAUACUAGCAUGUGAAGACCCCAGCACAUGGUUAUAAGUGAGGCCAAGAAUAUAUUCAUUAUUAAUGCAGACCCCACCAGGGAAGUUUCACCUGCCACAUCAAGCAUGAUCAUACUUUCUUUCUAUUGUUGUGAAAACCUCACUGGCCAAUAUGCAAGCCCAAUAGCUUCUUGAUGAAGGGAGUGAAUUUUUAUGGUGCACAAAAUCUGUUUUCACUUGAGUGUGGAAUCUCUUUUUUAUUUUAACUACCAUAAAGUUUCACUGUAUUUUCCCCUACUUCAAUCAAUUGGUUAAAAGUGAGAGAAGAUUGAUUAAUCAUGCAUUUCUGUAUGAUUUUCGGCAUAAUAAACACUAGCCUCUGCAAGGGCUUGAAGUGGUACUUACACAUGUCUAUUGAUGAAGGAUUACAUAACUUGUGUGCAAUUUGUUUAGAUCCUCUGAGUUACCACAGCAAGGGAAGCAGUCCAGGCCAAGCUAUAUUCACUGCCCAGUGCUCUCAUGCAUUCCAUUUCGCCUGCAUCUCUUCCAAUGUCCGCCACGGCAGUGUCACUUGCCCCAUUUGCCGCGCCCAUUGGACCCAGCUUCCUCGCAACCUAAACAGCAGUCUUUGUGGUUCUUUCACUUCUAGUAACCAAAGUGAUCCAAUCCUGCGAAUCCUCGAUGAUUCCAUUGCCACCUUCCGUGUCCAUCGCCGCUCUCUUCUGCGCACGGCGCGCUAUGACGAUGAUGACCCUGUGGAGCCUGAUGACACACCUCACAGUCCCAAGCUAUGCUUCUCCCUUGUACCAAUUCCACCAAAUGCACCAGCUAGUUUCCAUCCAGCUUUGCAAGUAACCAAGCACGCCUCAUGUCCUUGUCAUCUAUCCCUCCACCCUUUAACUUGCAGCUCCUCAUCACUAUUACAUUCCCCACCACCAAUGCAAUCACCUUACAUCACAUGCCCCUCCUCCAACAGAGCUUACCUCUCAGUAAAACUGACACAUGAACGCCCGACCGACUUGGUCUUAGUCGCUAGCCCCAAUGGACCACACCUAAGGCUUCUCAAACAAGCCAUGGCUCUUGUGGUUUUCUCCCUCAGGCAAGUCGACCGCUUGGCCAUAGUCACAUACUCCUCGGCAGCCGCCCGUGUCUUCCCCUUAAAACGCAUGACAUCAUACGGGAAGCGCACUGCGCUUCAAGUCAUAGACCGUUUGUUCUACAUGGGGCAAGCUGAUCCAGUUGAAGGAUUGAAGAAAGGGAUCAAGAUACUCGAAGACCGCGUGCACAAGAACCCUGAGUCAUGCAUCCUGCACUUAUCAGACAAUCCUACUAGACCAUACCAUGCCACAAGCAUGGAACUUCCAUCCACACCUAUCCACAGAUUUCAUGUGGGAUUCGGCUUCGGAACUUCCAGCGGGUUUGUUAUGCAAGAGUUUGAGGAGUUCUUGGGGAAGAUGCUGGGAGGCAUUGUUAGGGAAGUGCAACUGAGAAUAUGCGGGGCCGGGGAGGAAGCCGGAAGUGGCAGAGUCAUAAGAAUUGGAGAGAUAAGAGGUGGAGAAGAGAGAAGGAUUCUAUUAGACCUAGGUGGCUGCACUACUCACGUGUAUGUUGAAUUUAGCUACAUUGAAGGUGAAAUUGAUGAGUGUGUUAGAAGGACAGGGGAAACUGUUGUUGGUGUUGGAGAACAUAAAAGUGGUGGUGAUGUUGCAGAAAGUGGAGAAGAGAGUGUGAGGGAUAUGAUGAGCACUGCAGGUGGUAGGAGUAGCAGUGUUGAGAGCUGGGAUUUCCAUGAUCCUUACAUGGCUAGAAGGUGGGCCAAGCACUUGCAUGGUUAUAGACUUUGAAAUUGCAACUAUUUUUUAUUUAUUUAUAUGGAACCGAUGUAUUCCUGUGAAGCUAUUCUGUUUUCUCCCCUAUAUACCCACCUAUUUUUUUAGUUAGGCCUGAAUGAAUACACAAGAUUGUUUUUUCAUACACCAAAAAUUUGUAAUAGUAAAGGUUAAUUGUGGUUUAAUCUACCAUUAA